CUAAUUUACGCAUUAUGGCAUUGAAUUAGGUAUCCUGUUCAAACCCGAGAUACAGUCAAGACGGUCACAGCUGAAUAGAAGUCCGAAAUUGUAAUUACCCUACACUGUAGCCCCACUCCGCAUUACACGGCAGUCGCGACGCGCUUCUUUCUCGGACGAUCUGCGCGUUCUCUCCGAUCACAGCAAUUCAAUGACAACGGCCAAACCAGAAGGAGACAUCUAAUUUCAGCAUCAUGGCAACUGAGCAGCCUGUCACCCUGAAGAAAAAGUUGCCAUUCAAGCGCACCGUAGCACGGAAGGAUCUUUUCAGGCACUCGGAAGAGGUUUUUGCUACAGUUUUACGUGAAAAAGAAGAAGAGGCUCUUAGAGAGGAAUCAACCUUGGAGAAACAUCACAGCAAGCGCAGAAAGGUGUCCGUUGACAGGAGUCCGAAGAGUGAUUCACCGGCACGUUCAUCUAACGAGUCAAUACUUCGCAAUCGAUCUAUAACACUCGAUGAGUCCGACGACGAUUUGAUUAUAGAUGUAAAAGGCAAGGGGAAAGAGGUUAACAGACCCAGCAAGUCGCCGCUCCCAAGGAGACCGGCCCGCGAAAGAACGGCCUCCAGGACAACAACGCCCUCUCUUCCAGUCGCUGUCACGACGAUAGAUGAUGACGAUGACGAUGUAAUACCAGUCCCGAAUUCCGGCCGCCGACGAACAUCAAGCAGCCGCAGCGUCACACCUGGCCGCCGGCAGAACAAGGCCGCCCGUGACCGCUACGCCGAGAAUAAUUCACCCUUCGGGACCCCCAACCUCGCGCCAAAGACCGAACCGAGGAAUGCCAACCCAGACUCGGAUAUCGAAGAGAUUCCCCCACUGGAAGCGCCCGAGCCCGAUGAGUUUAGCGAGUGGAUUGUUAAAGCGCAGGAGUUACAAGAAAAAGCGCGACAAUCCGCCAUCGUCGUCUGCUUUCUCACUUCACGGCUCGAUGGCUCGUUCCCGGUGGUGGCAAAGCGGAGGCUGAACCAGGGCGUGGCGCUGCUGCUCGAGGUGUGGGCGGAGACGCAGCGCAAGCGGGGCAUCAUCGUCCCCGAGGAGGUCGAGAGCAGCCUGUUCCUGACCUGGAAAGGGAACAAGAUCUACCGGCAAAGCACCCUGGCCUCGCUGGGCGUGCAGGUCGAUGCGCAGGGCCGGUUGAAGAGCGGCGGCGGCGGUGGCGAGGGAUACAUGAAGGGCGGCAUCCACCUCGAGGUGUGGACCGAGCAAGUUUACCGGCAGUGGCAGGAGGACAGGGAACGGGAAAGGGCGCUCAAGUUGGGCGUCUUGGAUGGAGACAAGCCGGAUGGGGCGAUCAAGGCCGAGAGAGAAGCUGACGACGAGCCGGUGGUGGUGAAGCAGAAGAAGGGCAUCAAAGUGGUUCUCAAGGCGAAAGAUCGAGAACCAUUGAAGCUGUCGGCGAAAGAGGACUCGAGCGUGGUGACGCUUAUUGGGGCGUUCCGCACCCAGCGGGGGAUCGGGCCGGAGUGGGAUGUCGCCAUAUACUUUGACGGGGAGAGACUGGAGGAGGAUUCACUGGUCAAGGAUGCCGACGUCGAUCUGGGCGAUAUCAACCAGUUCGAGGUUCAUAUAAAGAAGCGAGGCCGGUAAGCCGGGCAUUGAGGCAGUUUUUUUUUCGAUAUGAUUUUAUGCGCAAUGAUAUGGAUGGGGGUGUAUUUCUGGAGCAAUGAUACCCUGCGUAAUACCUAAGGUAUAUUU